CAGUGGGAUUGAUUUUCACCAACACCAAUACGUUAUAUUAUUGUACAGAUUACUUACUAUGUCAAAAUUAUUCGUGAAAUUGGUGAAAUGCUAAUUAAAUGCAUUUUUUCACCGAGACAUAGUUAUUAAGUUAAAAUUUUAGGCAAUUUUUUUGUAGGUACAUAUUUUUUACGUGCAUAACCUAUAAACAAUGGCUACAGAUAUCGUGUCAUUGCUACAGUUAGAAAAUGGAUUUUCAGGAAGAGUUAUAACCGUAAAGGAGAUUAUGAACUGCGACAGUUCAUUCAUUAUCAGUUGUAUUCUGAGCCAUUGCAUUAAAAAUAAAUCUGCUGUUGUUUUAGUAUCGGCUCACAACUCGUUGUCACAUUAUCAAAACGUUGGUAUAAAAAUGAAUUACAGCUUACAGAAACACAUUGACUCUGAAUUGAUUAAGUUCUGCGAUUUAGGUCACGAAUAUGCUGAUUAUCUAAUAAAUGAUAAAAAUGGGUCCAUUGAUAAUUUUAUAACAAAAGUAACUGAAAUAAUGACUCAAAUGCAAGACAAAUACGAAACUGUAAACAUAAUUUUGGAUGGCAUCACACAUUUAUUUGACAUGGAUUAUAAUGUAAGAGAUGUGAAUUUAUUUUGUAAAGAAAUUGUCAAAAAAGCUAGAAGUAAUAAUAGCAAAUCAUUUGUAAUUUUUCAUUGUAACGUUGCAAGCGAUGACGAUGUUUCAAAUGUGAUAGCGAAUCUUCUGUCUCAUAAAUCUGAUUUACUUCUGGAAGUAGAAAAUUUACCAUCGGGAUGGAGUACUGAUGUAUCUGGACACCUCACAAUAAAAUAUAUUGGCAAAAAAUUCGAACCCGACCAUUUAUUUUCUAAUUUGAAAUCAAAUAAAUAUCUCUUCAAGUUGUUUGAUAGAGGCGUUAAAUUAUUGGCACCAGGUACUGUUUAAAUCAAAUAUUUUUUUUUAAAUAUAAGGAAUGAAUGACAUAUAAAAAUAAAUUGUUUUAUUUUAUGUACGUAAAUGCAACAGUAUGAUCCCCAAAAGUAGAACUUAGUUUGACGCCACUCCGAAUUUAAUGCGCUACACGUUUUUUCCUUG